AGAAGUACCAUUGCGACGAAUGUGGCUAUGAGACGUAUUACAAGACCUGCUUCACCGAGCAUAUGUACAAGCACACGGGCGAAGGGCAAAUGGAGUGCGAUAUAUGCGGCAAGCAUGUGCGCAAGGCCUAUAUGAAAAUACACUCGAGGAUACAUACAGGUGAGAAGCCGGAAAUAUGCGAGUAUUGCGGAAAGGGAUUUAGCGUGCGAAAGUAUCUUACGAAACACAGGGUCACUCACACUGGCGAAAAGCCAUACCAAUGCCAAAUAUGUGGCAAAAGGUACACGCAACGAGGCACGCUUACACUACAUUUUAGGAAGCAUCAUCCUCAAGAAACAUGUGCCGCUCGUAGCAACUCUAAGAAGGAUGCGAGCGAAAGUGGCGCCGAAGAUGAAGAAGAGCAGGGACAGACUGAGAGCGAGGUUGCGUUAAUCGAGGACGGAGCUAUUGUGGAAAUAGUGAAAGAAGAUGGUGAGAUGGACGACGAUAUGAUCGAUGAAGAUAUGGAAGAGAUAGAGUUAUUGGACGAGGAAGGUGAAAUAAUAAACGGCGAGGUGGAAGUCCUUAAGGAAGAAUUGGAUAGUGAUAAUGGCGAAAUUGAAGUUAUAAACGACAUUCCUGUUAACGAUGUUACGGAAGAUAUUCCACUCGCGGAAGUUAUAGAAGAAAUUUCUGUUAACUAAAGUCAACGAAUUCCAAUUGACGGCACUUAUUAUCUUAAAAUGAAUAUAAUAGUUACUAUGAUCACG